CUCCAAUACUCCUCUCCCUCCUUCUGCGGGUUCUCACCCAGGCCCGUAGCCAUCUGGCUGUCGAGCCGUUCUGGCCCCUCGGCGCGCGCACCGCCCCUCGCGCCGACGGGGGGCACCGAUGGACGCCCAGCUGCACCGCGGGCCCCCGAACAGGCCGCUGCUGCGCGUCUUCGUUCCUGCGCUGUGCUCCCUGCUGGCGGCAGCGCUCCUGACCGGCCUGGUGGUCCCCGAGCUCAGCGGCGCGCCCUUCCUGCAGACGAGCAUGGCGUGGGUCCGGCUGCUGGCGCGGCCGCGGCGGGAGGAGCUCGGCCAGACCUUGGGCUCCGAGGCCGCGCCGCCCCGCAGCGGAGGCGGCCGCCGCGGUGCGCGGCGGCGGAGCGCCCCGCGGGCGGCCCCCGAGGCGCUGCUGCGUGGCCACCGCCGGGCGCUGCGCGACACGCCGCCGGCCGCCGCCGAGCGGCGCGGCAGGCCCACCGCCGGGUGAGGCCCGCCCCGCCGCGCGUGAGGCAGGCGCCUCGGCGGUGCGGCCCGCGCCGGCCUCUGGCCCUUCUGUGCUUCGUGUCUGUUGGAUCUGCUUGUGCAUCCCGGGGUCCUCGAGAUCAAACGAGCCCCUCAACCCAAGAGCACGAUGCAGACGUAGCCUGACUUAUCGGUCCCCGCGUUCGCGUGAGAGAUGAACUUCAGCCGUCUCCGUAAAACGCCAGUUUCUUGAUGAAGCUGGGGUGCCCGUUGAGAUUCACAAGUUCAUCCCACUGGUGUACUUGCACGUUGUAAUGUUCUCUGCGAGAGUUUGCCCCUGGAUGCAGCUAAUGCACACUGUCAGGGACACGAGGCGUU